AUGGCUAAAAGGCUACAGCAGCUGCUGCAGACAGAGCAGCGGGCAUUAAGAGAUGCAGAGGCGACGUUGCUGCAGGCAUUUGAGGAAAAAGCCCUUGCCCUUAAGACAGAAAUCCUUCAGGAGAAUCAACACCGACAGAAGCAAGAGGCGAGCAUUGUACAGUACUGCGAGGUAGAGAUACCGAAGCUGAGGGAAGCGCUGCAGGCAGAAGUUCGUGAGAGGGAGGCCAUGGAGAGCAGAAUAGUACGGGAGGUUGCUGAGCAGAUGCAAAGACUUCAGGGUUUGUUGCAGCAAGAGAAAGAGUUAAGGGAGAAGCAUUUAUCCUCCUUAUUAAGUUUAAUAGAGGAAAUAGUAUUAGAGGUACAAAAAGAUAUAAAAGAAGCAGAAGAAGAAAGAAUAACAGCAGAACAAUCUCUUGUACAUCUUAUGGAACAAACUGUUGAUCGAAUUGCUUCCGUUAUCUAA